AUGCGCGACCCUCGGAAGCCCCCACGGGUCCAAUCAACCCCUUGGACAUUAGCUUUUCCAGUUCCGGGAGAGGGCGAGGUUGGAUACUUUCAGAGAUGGAAAUGGUGGCAAAAAGAGAACAGGGCACACUCAGUCGGAUGGGCCGACGGCGGAGGUAGUCCCUUGCAUGCUUGGCUUUUCUUUCUUGGUUUUGUGUUGUUUCCGAUCUGGUGGGUGGCUGGUUUGUUGGUCCGCAUACCAAAGACGCGGCGGAUUGGGGAUGCGGAUGCCUUGGAGAAAGGGGUCGUGUUAGACGACCCUCAAGUUGAGCAUGAUGCAAAAUCCUGGCGCCAACGAUGUCGAGUCAUGGCCGCCGUCUCGCUUGUGACGUAUGUUCCGUUUAUCGUUCUCGUUGUUGUCUUUGCCAGAUAG